UAUUGAGCAUAUCGAUAUUAAGCUAUUUUUGAAAAAAUGCUGGAUUUUCUUUUCUGCAGAACUUUUAAAGUUCUUAUCAAAGCUUUUUCAACGAAACACAACUACAAAGACUCUCCACAAAAAAGAUCCUGUCGGCAAUUGAUUGAGAAAUCAACAACCUGUUGAUUUGAAUCAGGAUUUUCUCUGUCUCUGUUGUCUGGUCAAGCUUGUUGCAGGCACUGCCCAGUUCAAUUUGCAAUUUCAACUUCUGGAUUUCGGUAAUGUCUUCUUACUUUCACUUCAGCACUUGUAUGAUUCCUCAGAAGUGUACAGUAAUAAAUUAAAAUUUGAAUUUCUAAAAACUCUUCGCAUAUUCAUUAGCGGAGAUGCGGAGAUGUUGGAUGUAGUAGUCACGAGAUAGAGAUAGGCCGAAAAGGUAUUAGAGAAAGUGAUUAGACAAGACAUGGUGCAGCUUUUGACCUUAGAUAAGAGCCGCCUAUUAGGGUAGAAGAUUAUUAGCAAGUGAAGAAUUGUGCUUUCGAGGGUUCAAGCUUAUUGGUAUUCUUGUAGUUGUAGUUUUUGAUAUGUAUAUUCAUUUUGUUUAUUGUGUUUUGGCUACUGCACUAUUUUGUUGUUGUUCAUAUUCUUUUCUUGUAGGCUUUGCACUGUUUUUCUUAUUAGUUGUUAUGUUUUUUGUCACUGUUUUCUUCUUCUUUAUACCUGAAAUUGCUGCAAGUGAGCCAAGAGUCAAUCGGAAACAACCUCUCUACCUCCACGAGGGAGUGGUAAGGCCUGCAUACACUCUAUCCUCCCCAGGCGUCACUUGUGGGAUUUCACUUGGCACACCAUGAUGGCAGGAUUGACGCAGUCUUCUCUGUGUCAUCGAGGGAAUUUCCAUGGACAGUCUUUUCAGGGAUGUAGGCAAUGGGAAACUGGGAAUAAUGGGAUCUCUUAAUUUCUUUUCUGGAGAGCUUUUAAAGUUCUUAUCAAAGCUUUUUCAACAAAAUACAACUACAUAGACUCUUUGAAAAGAUUUUCUCUGUCGGCAAUUGAUUGAGAAAAGCUUGAAUCAAUAACUCUUUGAUUUGAAUCAGGAAUUCAACUUGAUCAGCAUAAUAGGACAAACUGUCAAGCUGCCUCUGUUGUCUGGAUAGGCUUGUUGCAGGCACUGCCCAGUUUAAUUUGCAAUUCCAACUUUUGGAUUUCGGCACGCCAUGAUGGCAGGAUUGAUGCAGUCUUCUCAGUUUCAUCGAGGGAAUUUCCAUGGACAGUCUUUUCAGGGAUGCAGGCAAUGGGAAACUGGGAAUAAUGGGAUCUCACAAUUUGAGCUCUCAACUGAGAGUGCAUCGGGCCCUUGCAUAUGCCCAACAAAGGAUGAACAAAGGUCAACUAAGGAAGAAGUUGUCUCAGCAAAUUCCCUCAUCAUCAGUCAGUGUUGUAACUUACUACAGAAGGACAUCAUGUGUGAAACCUAGGUUUGCCUUUGAACCAAAAUGGGAAAUAAAAUUAAGAUUCUGAAUACUUCGUCACAACUUAAGUGGUUGAAGCAAAUGCCUACCAUUUCUUCUCCGAAUUUCCCCUCUUACCGUCUUCAACAGCAGAGGCAGCAUCGAAUGCUUAUACAGAAAUAAUUAGCUUCACUUCAACACUUGCUUCAAAAAUCAAUGCUUUUAAACCCAGAAGAGUUAUCGCAAACUGCACAGCCGCCACAACAGCAAUUGGGGCAUCCCCAGAUGCAUCAGAAUCAGCAGCUCCAACAGCAACAACAACAACCUCAGCAGGUUUUGCAUCAGCAGCAAUCUUCUCCAGCAAUGGAUUUCCCUAGUGACCACAAUUCUCUGAGUUUGACUGGAUCAGAACCAGAUGCCACUGGAUCUGGGACAACAACUCCUGGGAGUAGUUCAAGCCUGGGGACUGAAGCAAGCAAUCAGUUUCUUGGGAAGAGAAAGAUUCAGGAUUUAGUUUCACAGGUGGAUCCACAGGGAAAAGUUGAUCCUGAAGUUGAACAGCUUCUUUUAGAGAUCGCUGAUGACUUUAUUGAUUCGGUUACUACUUUUGCUUGCAAUUUGGCAAAGCAUCGGAAAUCUUCGACUCUGGAGUCCAAAGAUAUAUUGUUACAUUUAGAGAAAGAUUGGAAUUUGACUGUUCCAGGUUUUUCAAGUGAGGAUAAGAAACACCAUCCUGAACAUUCCGGUGAUCUCUGCAAAGAGCGUUUGGAAAUGAUACCUGCCAUGAUGGAGGCUUCACCACAAGCUGAAACAAGUACAAGCAGCAGCGCUAAGGAGACCGUCAGUCCAGGGCUGGGUGACCAGGUUGGUUCGACUGACAUAAUUGGACCACCAAGUUCAGAGGAAUUGGCUUCACCAUCUAAUGGUGAAAUAUAGUUCAACUAUAACAAGAUGUGAUGUCCCCUGGAGAUUGGUAUACCCCUUGCUUUACUGUAAUAAAACCUUGUUCAACUAUAGUUUGCUUGUCGACUGAAGAACGUAAACAUAAGUUUGUUGUGAAUUUUCAUGACCUCAACAUAAACAUAAGUCUGCUGUGAAUUUUCAUGACCUUUUGUUGGUUAUGGUUGCUGCCCCUCUUUGGUAUGUUAUGUUAAGUUUUCCUUAUUA